AUGGGAUCUGUUUUCGCGCACAAGGACGACUCGUUAAACAGAAAAACGCCGCCGCCGCCGCCGCAUUCCCGAGAUUUACGCUCGAAUUUCGGACUAACGAAGCGACGUUUUUCGACCGUGUCACGACGUAACACCUCGCACCGGCGAUUUACCAUCCCAGAUCCAGGCAAAUCGUCGAUUGUUUUUCAGAGGCGAAAUUACACUGUUGCCGUUUACUACACAUGCUGGAAUUCUCUGCAACCCUUAACAUUUUAUGUAACAUUUCAUUAUUUGUAUCAAUCUGUGAAACUAAAUGUAGGAAAAGCUAUUCUUUUAUCUACACGAUGUUCCUCGAAAAAACAUAACCUGCUUAGAGCCAGUGCUCUCACCUCAUAA